GUCGGACGCUCCACGUUGCACAAACCCAAACAGCAGCGUAAAGCAGGGAGGAUGAGGCAGCCGGAUCGCCUUCAUCAUCCCCCAAGCCUGGCACACGUAUUCCACGGACGGAGAGAUGCAACGUGUGCACGGGUGCACGAGAGAGGACAAAUGAAUGUGGGAUGAUCCUCUGCGCGUCUCUCCAGCGCAGACACCACGGCGCUGUUCUCCCCGCAGGAGGAGCAUCCUGACAGGAAGCACGGAGGCGCGUGUCCUUUUGUUAAUGUUGUUUUAGCAGCACCACUGACACCACCUGCAUCCGCGCGGCGACAACAACAACAGUCUAGCAUGGGUUCCAGACUGAGCAGGCAGAACAGCCUGGACAACGAAAAUUUCUCCAAGAAGCGACGCAAGCUUCUGCGCGGCGCCGGAGAGGGCGACAGGGGCAGCCGGGGCGGCGGGGACUUUCUGUUUGCCCUGAUGCUGAAAUCCGACAAACUGCCGGGGAUGCUGCGGAGGACGAACCACAGCCCCUACAUGAGGCGCGUGGCGUGGAUCAAGGAGAUCCAGAAGCUGCUGCGGGAGCGCAGGAUGGAGCAGGCGACCGACGUGCUCAGAUUGCUGAGAAAGGAUCUGGGAUUGGAAGGCACAUCACUGAAUGACAUCCUGUACAAAAACGCUGCCUUCCUGAACCUCGUGGACCCGAUCUCACAUGAACUUCUGCUCAGUUUAGCUCGAGAGAUGCAGUGUCCGAAGAAGGACACAGACAUUAUAAAGUCUGCUGAUAAGAUUUGUAGACAGUUGAUCUACCACCUGACCCCUCAUUCAAAGUGGCUGAGGCAGAGCAUGUCCAGACGGAAAUCCCAGGCCUGUCUGAAGACGACCCUACAGAAGAAACUGUCCAGUGACACUGUGGACUUGUCCGGAAUCCCUCUGUCCACUCGUGAUGUCCGUCAAGUUGCAUUUUACCUCCAAAACAACAGAGACAGUGUGAUGGCUGUGGACAUCAGCUUUACUGACCUCCAGGAUGAGAGCUUGAGGCUGCUGCUGCCGCUUCUGGCCUCGCUGCCCAAACUCAGCACUCUGGCUCUUAACGGCAACCGCCUCACGCUGGGUAUUCUCAAAGACCUGACGGAGAUGCUCAAAGACCCCCAGAAGUUCACCAGCUUGGCAUGGAUUGACCUGGGCAACAACGUGGACAUUUUCACCAUGCCUCAACCGCUUCUGGUCGCUCUACGCCGGCGCUGCAGCCUGAAGAGCAGCCUCCCAACCAUCUAUGAGUACACGGAGGGUCAGCCCUACUGCUACCACCUGGAGACCUCUAUUGAGGAGCCCAGCCACUACGAGGAGGAGGAGGAAGAGGACGAUGAGCUGGAGAACAAAUUUGAGUUGGAGCCUUGGGGAUUAGGAGAAAAACAGCUCUCCAAAGACUUCACCUUCCACUACUGUGAGAGGUGAUGGAGUGUUUUGUUCUGUGGGCUUUUCCGGCUGUUUCACAGCACUCUCUUACGCCCUUCACCUUUACGACCUCACACCACGAGCCCAGUCACCCUUUGAGGCACGAGGAAGACCAGUGCCCACAUUGUAAACUUCUCGUCCUGACACAGCUACCAAGCUACUCCUAACCAUCUCUGAGUAACCCACCCAAGAUUGCUGCGACGGCCAGGACGGCGAACUUACUGUGUUGGUGCUCUUGGGAACAAGAUGUGGUUUCAUUGGAGGGUGGGCUGGAAGAGUUAAAGAACAAGCGUUCCCUCCCUCUGUUUCUCCCCCUCUGUUGCUCUUUCUCCGUGACGGUGGCAGCCGAGGAGCCAGUCUCAAGCGGAUGUGAUUUAGUCGGUCAGUUGAAUCAGCGGCAUCCCCGCGGCAGCUGAAGUGGGACUCGUGUCGGUGUGGAAACAGUGUUCCUGGGUUCUCGAGCAGAGCUGAGGCUGUCCCUGGCAGGCAGGGCCUAGCUCUGCAUUGUGUGUUCUCUGUUAAUCUCUCAACAAAAGCUAUGACACAAGUUCAACAGACUAUACAGCCGACAACCCAUCACGUGACACCUAGAAAACUGCUAGGUCGACUUUUUGCCUUUUCCCCCCCUUUCCAAAUGUCCACUUGUGAAUGCCCCCGCAGCCCCUUGUGUCGAUGUAAACGAGGACACAAAAAAAUAGCCUCUGCCGUGUUUCCAUUGGCUAUUUUUGUGAACUUUGGUGAACAAAGCAAUCUUAGAAGAAAACAGGUAGGACUCAACAAUGGAAAGCUGUCGGUGUUUUUGUACUGGCCUGAGAGCCUGAUAUCCACCUUUGUAAUUACUGAGCUGCUCCAACCGCCACAGUGUUUCAGUGCAUUUGUGACACAACAGACAGAUGUUAAUCUGGGCUGCUGAGCUGUGCCCAAAACCCUACUGCCGUUUGUCUCCACAUGUUUGUCGACCUUUCCAUGUGUUGUUGCAGUGGUCCUGACACACAUCUGUGAGCGUUGGCUUUCAGUUAUAGUCCGUCUGCAGUAGCAAAACACUCCAAAGCACUUUAAGGCACUAUUUUGUUCAAAAUAUUUAAAUGGCUGAGAUUUGCAAAAGCAGACAUUGAAAGUAUACCUCCUGGAGGUGACACGGUGACCUCAAGACUGCUAAAUGUUAGAAGGAAUGUGGACAUUACCUAAUAUAUAAUAAAUGUUUAUUGCAUUUUACAUGUUUGUAAAAGUCCAAUCGCUGCUGUAAUUGUGUUAUUGUUGUGUGUUUUGUCUCUCGUCUCCGUAAUUGUAAUGAGUUUAAUUACUAUGAAAUCCAGCAACCCCCCCCCCUUCUUCAUGUAAGCCUGAGCGGUAGACAAAGAGGACAUGACUGAUGAGAUUACACAGUAAACCAGUUGGUUGAUGAAUGUUGCUCCCGUGUAGAGAGAGCACCAUUUAUGUGGAAUGUGUUUGAUGAAUGUCUUCUUGAACUCUGCGCUCAAGUCCACUUUUGUGUGUCAGUGUUGAACUUUUUCCCUGUGUGUAUUUGUCUCAAUGCCAAACUUACGACUGCCAAUAAAAGGACUGACCCAAACUAA